AUAUAAAUAAAUAAAAAUGAAUGAUAAAGUUUGCACAGUUUGUGGCGAUCGGGCCAUUGGUACUAAUUUUGGUGCCCUAACGUGUGAGUCGUGUAGGUCAUUUUUUCGUAGAAAUGCAACACGUUUUGAGGAAUUUGGCUGUUUUUUCGGUGACAAUUGUGAGGUAAACCGUUUGACACGAAAAUUCUGUAAAAAGUGUAGAAUUGAUAGAUGUUUGGCCAAUGGCAUGAAAAAAGAAGCGCUAACUUAUGGCGAAAACAAUGAUUCGCGUCGUUAUCGACGAAAACGGCCCAAAAAUGGCGCUCCCAUUGUCUCCGUAACCGAUGAGCACAAAGUCGAGAGCUGUUUAACUCUCGAAAUAAACAGAUUUAAAGAGUUAUUCAAUUCAUUGGCUGUCGUCAGAGGAAAUCCUGUGACCACAAUAGCGUACGAAACGAAUACCGCUUCGGAUGGCAUUCAAUUGAUUCAAAACAGGGCUGAUCUCAAGUUUACACGAAUGGUUAAAAUGUCAGCAAAUAUUAAUGGAUUCAAUGAGUUGUGCGAAGACGACAAGAUUGCGCUCCUGAAGGCCGGAUGCCCUCAACUCUGGCUUUUGCAGAAUAUCGUUGAUUUCGAUGUCGAGGGCCAGUUCUGGAGGAUUCCCAUUCACUUAAUGUUCGGGUCAUUGCCUAUAAUAGUUGAGGGCAUUCUUCCACUUCAUUUGGAAGAGUUGUCGCAAUUGAGUCCAUAUUUAAUUGUUUAG